AUGACUAAUGAGUUCAAGGUUGCUGUACCUGGAAAGAUGUCCAGGUUGGUUCCUGCACUACAGGUGGACUUGUGGCAGCCCAGCAGCCCCUUCCACAUCGUCGAAGGCACAGUCACUGACGUGCGAGUACCAGAGAACACGACCCGAAGCCUGCUGCCCUACCUCCAGCAAGCAAACAUCCAGUACACGAUUCUUAUAUCAGACCUACAGAAAGCAGUAGAAAACCAAACUGGACUGAGGUCGUAUAGGAAUCGAAGGUCCCUCUCUGGGUAUAACUACGAAGUGUAUCACUCCCUAGAAGAAAUACAGGACUGGAUGCAUCAUCUGAAUAGAACUUAUUCAGAUCUUGUUCACAUGUUCUCUGUUGGAAAAUCCUAUGAAGGGAGACCACUGUAUGUACUCAAGUUAGGUAAAAGAUCCCGGCCCUACAAGAAAGCUGUCUGGAUAGACUGUGGGAUUCAUGCAAGAGAAUGGAUUGGCCCUGCCUUUUGCCAGUGGUUCGUGAAAGAAGCUCUUCAGACAUACCAGACUGAUCCUGCUAUGAGAAAGAUGCUAACUCAGCUGUAUUUCUAUAUCAUGCCUGUAUUUAAUGUGGAUGGAUAUCAUUUUAGCUGGACAAAUGAUCGAUUUUGGAGAAAAACAAGAUCAAAGAACACAAGGUUUCACUGUCAUGGUGUUGAUGCUAAUCGCAACUGGAAAGUGAAAUGGUGUGAUGAAGGUGCUUCAUUUCACCCAUGUGAUGACACGUACUGUGGUCCCUUUCCUGAGUCUGAGCCUGAAGUAAAGGCUGUUGCUCAUUUCCUUCGCAGACAUCGGAAACAAAUAAAAGCCUACUUGUCCUUCCAUGCAUAUGCACAGAUGCUGCUGUACCCUUACUCUUACAAGUAUGAAACUAUUCCAAACUUCAGCUGUGUGGAAUCAGCAGCCUAUAAUGCUGUUAACGCUCUUCAGUCAGCCUAUGGUAUAAGAUACAGAUACGGUCCUGCUUCUAGCACUUUGUAUGUGAGUUCUGGCAGCUCUAUGGACUGGGCCUACAAAAAUGGCAUCCCCUACGCAUUUGCAUUUGAGCUGCGUGACACUGGCCAUUUUGGAUUUUUACUUCCUGAGACGUUGAUCAAACCAACCUGCACAGAGACCAUGCUUGCAGUUAAAAAUAUAACUCUUCACUUGCUGAAGAAAUGUCAUUGAGAGGGAGCUUGAAGUG